UUGCUGGUGUCAAGUUUACAUUGACGGCGCUGUGCGCUUGUCUGCCUAUUGUUGAUGUUGUUGUUGUUGUUGUUUACCUGCUUACUAUAUACUAAAAAUAUUUUUUAAAUGAGUCAAAUCCUGAGCCAGGUGCUGCAUCGUGAGCAUCACCGCAGAUAAUCAUAGCUUCAGGUGCAUGGAAUCAUUACAGCCCUGCAAAAGUGACAGGUCUCACUGGUGGGAGAGGGUAAAAUAUUUAUUUUCAGUGAGAUUGUAGCUGCAGUAUUUUGCUUUUAUGGGAUAUAGAUAUACAAGAAAGCAAAAAUGUGGUUCAGUUUAUGUCCAAGAAAUAGGAUUUAUAAUUUGCAGUAUGUCAGUAAGAAAAUUUGUCAUGAGGUGUGAAGAAAAGCUGUUAUGAAAUUAUAGUAGUUAAUUUUCUUUUUCUGUUAAAUAUAUUUUGCUUUUUUUGGCUGCUUCAGUAAUUUGCAGUAUAUUUUGAAAGUCUAUCCCUGCAUUUUGUGGAAGUGUCAUUUGACUAAAUUAAGGGAAAUUUUUUAUGAGGUGUUCAUUACCAGUGUUGAAUGUCAUACAGCCUUAAUAAAUCUCAGUGGUAUGGUAGCUAGUGCCCGGGCAUCAGCUAUUAUUCAGUCAACUGCUUUUUUGAAAUGUUUUAUCCAGAUAUAAGUGGUAUUUCCCAUGCACUCCAUGCAACCAUGACCAUGGAGGCAGCAAGGGAUGAUCGGAGUGUCAACGAAGUGUCAAGGAAUUUGAAUGACGUUUCCAGGAAUUUGCAUGAAGUAUCCAGGAAUAUGAAUGAUGCCACUGGUGGUCUUCAUGGCUCUGCCAACUUCAAUUUGGAAGCGUUAAAGGAUGUCAGAAACCCUAGUCAUGCCUUUAUGGAGGCUGUAAAAGAUGGUAGGAAUACUCAUAAUGCCUUUACCCUAGAGGCAGCUAAAGAUGGAAGAACACCUCAUUCAGUCUUCAGUUUAGAUUCUCCCAAAGAAGUAAGUCGACCUCAUUCAGCCUUCAACUUAGAAGGGGCCAAAGAAGCACAUCGUUCUCAUUCAGCCUUCAGUUUGGAUGCCAGUAAAGAUGUGCAUCGCCCUAAUUCAUCUUUCAGUUUGGAUGCUGCCAAAGAGGGAAGAAGUUCUCAUUCAGCAUACAACCUGGAAACUGUCAAAGAUGGAAGAGAAUCUUCACUUUCACCAACAGCUACCACCCACUCUACUUUCAGUGUGGAUUCUAAAAAGGAUGCAAAGCCUUUCGCUUGUCCCGAUUGUGGAAGAGGAUUCACACAGAAAGGCCAUCUAAAGAUACAUAGCAUGCAGCAUACUGGUGAGAGGCCUCACUCUUGUCCAGAAUGUGGAAAAGCAUUCAUUCAGAAGAUUCACCUAAAGACUCACAUGGCAAUACACACUGGAGAGAAACUCCAUUCUUGCUCAGUUUGUGGCAAAGAAUUUAUGCAGAAGGCUUUACUUACUAUGCACAUGAUGGUUCAUUCUGGGGAAAAGCCCCAUUCAUGUGGCAUUUGCAAUAAAGAAUUUACCCAGAGAGUACACCUUGACACUCACAUGCUGGUUCAUUCAGGACAGAAACCUUUCACGUGUACUGAAUGUGGGAAGGGCUUUGUUCAAAAGGGCCACCUCAAGACUCACAUGCUCAUUCACAUGGGGGUGAAACCUUUCAACUGUCCAGAAUGUGGCAAAGGUUUUACCCAGAAAGUUCACCUCACUCGUCACCUUUUAAUUCACAAGGGUGAGAAGCCAUUUAAAUGUAAUGUCUGUGACAAGGGAUUCGUUGAAAACCGCACCCUGCAGACACAUUUGAGAAUACAUUCAGGUGAGAAACCUUUUGUGUGUAGUGUAUGUAAUAAAAGUUUUACUCAAAGUGGGAACCUUAAUACACACAUGUUAGUACACUCAGGGGAACGGAGAUACAAAUGCAGUGUUUGUGGGAGGGAAUUCACACAAAGUGGCAACUUGGACAGACACAUGAGAACUCAUUCGGGAGAAAGACCAUUCCAGUGUGUUAUUUGUGGUAUGUCCUUCUCUCAGAAAACAAAUUUGAAAUCUCACAUGGGUAUUCAUGCUUUGAAAGGCAACACUGGAAAUGGAGAUGGAGUCACAGGUGAAGGUACAGACUACACAGCAUCUACCUUUAUGCAUGAAUCUACAAAGAUGCAUCCCGAAGAAAAGAUGUAUAAGUGUGAAGUGUGUAAUAAGGGUUUUUCACGCAAUGGAAAUUUAAAAACUCACAUGGCGAUACACUCGGGAGAAAAGCCAUACCAGUGUUCUAUGUGCUACAGUCGAUUCACUCAAAAUGUUCACCUCAAAAAACAUAUGGCUAUCCAUUCGUAUGGGGGAGAAGAAUACAAUCCAGAUAAUCCAGAGCCAGGCACAUCUGGUGAAUGUGGGAGGAAGUAUAAUGAGAGUUGUCGUUUUAAGGAGCAGAAUAUGUAUCCUUGUAAUAAGCAUGACAUGUAUGGCAACAAAAUGGGGAACAAUGAAAAUGUUAAUGUGGUCAAGGAAGAACCCAAUGAUUUAGUUCAUGAGGCAGAAAAGAACAGAAUUGAAUUAGAAAACCAAAGAAGAGCUGAAUUUGCUAAGAGUAUGGAAGCCGCACACAAGGCGCAGAUGGAACAUGCGCAGAAAGAAAUGAGUUUGCUUAGUAAACAAGUCAUGGCUAGUGCAGAUAACUGUUAUACAAAUCCCUUUUUAGUUAACCACUAUCAUAUGAUGUAGUAUAAUUUUAAGGACUGACCAUUAAUGGUGAAUAAUGUUACUUAAACUUAGAAAAAGAUGCUCUUGUGGCUGUAGUAAAUGUUUUAUCAUUGUAAAUGAGGUACAGUACUUUCACGUAAGUUUUGAAAAGAUAUUGCCACAGCUACCAACAGCAAAUGAGAGAAUUUGCUAUGGCUUAUUUUUUUCGCAGGAGUAAGUCAGUAUUGUUGUUGGGGUUCCAUGACUUUCACCUUGUUUUUUUUUUUUUUACUCAUAUAGUAUCAGUAACUUGAAAGUAGUGAAGUAAAUUUUUAUUACGCAAAAUAGAUUAUUCUGGAUCAUUGAACAUUGUUUCUGAAUGUUAUAAAAAGUCAUUGUUUAUUUGAGUAUAAUAACAUAAGAAGUCAUUGUUUUAUAACUGAAUAAUACAAAAAGUUAUUAGUUACAAGAUUGCAGAAUAAGAAUCUGCACUACAGUAUAAAAUCUUUCAAUUAGUAAGAGAACAAAUGACCUGGCAGGUAUCUUUAGAAUAAUUGCAAUGUUCUGUUACUACUAGCUACAUUCCUUCCAUAGUCACUUUUUCUCCACAAAUACAUAUUAAGCUAAGCUACCAGGGCCUUCCCUUACUAGUACUAUCCUUAACAGUUUCUUCCAUUGCUAUUAACAGUAGAGGUGUCAAUAUGGAAACUUGAUGAAUACUACCAACUUUUAUCUCAAAAUCUUUUAUACCUGUCACUGGCAUCACUCUAGGUUUUGUUUCAUCAUUAUAACAUCACUAAAUUGAUUAGUCUUCUGGUACACUUUGUUUUUUAAUGACUUCUUAAGUAGUACAUACUAUAGAUAUAGUUUUCCCUCUUCACAUGGUACUACUCCUGUAUUUGUUUUAUAAUAUAGAUUGCUUAUGCUGUUGAUUUCUCAGGCAUAAAGCCUCAAGUAAUGAUUAUCAGUUUUCAUAAUUUUUAUCUACUUUUCCUCCAGCACCACUUCCAGUUUUCAUAGCAUUCCUUUUCAUAUGUAUAUUCUUUCAUUUUUUAUCCUAUGUAUAUUAAUGUCACUAUUUUUUUACUUGUCUAGUCAAAAUUUUUCUACAAUCAGGUUUCCACUUUUGGUCGUCUGGUCAGCUCAUCAUUGCUUUCAACAAAUGAGUCAAGUAGAGGCAGUCCCCGGUUAUCGGUGAUCAGCUUUUAUGGUGCUUGUCUAGCGACAAUGAUAACUGGAUUUUCAGUGCCGAUCUCUGGUUAUAAGGACUGAUAUCCGGUUAUUGGCCCUGAUCCCCAGUUAUCGUGCUGAUAACCUGGGGUCAGCGCUGUUAUUGGUGAUUUAUGGUUAUCAGCGAUUUUUAGUAAGUCAUACCAUCAGGAAUGGAACCCCCAAUGAUAACUGAGAACUGUCUAACCCUCUGCGAUGGGGUUUCUUUCCCGAUGGCAUGAUGAUAACUGAAAAUUGGUGUUAAUACAUAGACCCAUCUGUAUUUACAGGGAAUGGGUACCAAAUCCCCCUCCGAAUAGCUAAAAUCUGCAAAUAUUUGAAACCACUCUAAAAAUACUUUGAACUGCCUAUUUUGUUCAUGAAACUUACCUGUCAGAUAUAUAUAUAGCUGUAUUUUCUGAAGUCCGACAGAAUUUUAAAAACUUCCGACACACGCAGUGGUCGGCCAGGUGGUUAGUACCCAUUCCCGCCGCUGGGAGGCGGGUAUCAGGAACCAUUCCCAUUUUCUAUUCAUAAUUUUUCUGUCGCCGGUGCUGGAAACACCUGUUUCCAGUACCUCCGUCUUAGAUUUUGGAAACUUCAUUGCCGCUAAGUAUCCUAAUUGUCUUUUAAUUUAUUUACUUGGAUUUGUGGCUAGACAUACGCUAUCUUAAAUUGAUUUGAAUUUGAUUCAUUUUGCAUAAGAUAUCUGAAUCUAGUUAGGCUAGUUUCAGAGGGUGUUGUCUGCAAAGAUAGGGUGUGGCUACCGAAAACUUCGGUAGAUCCGCACUUGGUAUGCACGAGGGGUAUGAGUCUUGCUUCUUUGUCGAGAUUUGUCAUGUAAGGAGUGUGAGACUUUGUCUAAUUCCGUAAGGAAGACGUAUGAUUCGUAUGUACGCAAUUAAUCAGUAA